UCGUUGACAUUUAUUUGUCAGAGUCACACAUACUUCAUCUAUUUCAUUCACAAAUGGUUUUCAUAAAAAUUUCCUAUGGUCCCUAUGAGGCGCAUGGUGUUAUUAGACAUAGGAUACAGAGAUUGCGAGGUCUUCUGAGGCAUUUAUCGGAAUUAGGGUACGAAAUUGAAGUGGCGGAGGUGAAUCUUUUCAAUCGAGUGGAAAUUGAGAUGUUUGAAAGAAGGAUAUUCAUAGGUGACAUCAGAAAUUUCAAAUUCAACGAGUCCUACGAGGAUGAUCCCGUCUGUCAAAAAGCCGUAGCAGCUGUAGAAGAAGCUAAAUCGAGAAUGGCGGUUGAGGAAAAUGUUCGAAGCUUUAUUCCGAUAGAACAAGGCAUGAGGUAUGUUCAACGAGUGUCCCAUGGAAUAGAUACGCAGGAAUUGCUCCUAGAUUCAGAAUUAUUGUUCGAAAUACCUGAUAAACAAAGAGCGAGUACUAUUAAAGAAGAGACCUCAGAUGGUGAUUAAAAAUUAUACUAAUAUA